AUGAAAAAGGAUAUUUUAACAAAACAAACUUCAGAUGAUGUAACAAAUGGUGUGUCGAAGGUUUUCACAGAAUAUAAUAAAAAUAUAAAUGCGCAAGAGAAGGAGGAUAAUUUAACAAAAAAAAUUAAAAACAUGGAAAAGGAUAAAGUCACACCGAAUAAUUGUAAAGACAGUCGAUUUAAUGAUAGUCUCUUUAAUGAUAGUCUCUUUAAUGACCGCCAUUGUAAGGGUGAUAAAAAAAAUUGCAGAGGAAAAGAAGAUGAUUGUUCAAAUGACGAAAGAACCGAAAAUAAACAGAAUAUAGAAGAAAUAAAUAAUUUUUUUUAUAUAAUAAAUAAUUUAAUAUGGAGAAAGAACAAAAGAAAGGUUAAGGAAAAGGAAGAAGAGACCAAUGAAGAUAUGAAUAAAUACUCAAACGAAUGUAAAGAGAAUAAUAAUAUUUAUUUGUAUUCCAUAUUAAAAGGUGAUAAUAAAAAAGAAAAAGAAGAAAAGAGUAAAAAUGGAAAAGAAAAAGGAAAAAAGAAAAAUUUUGUUUUUCUUGCCUUGUUAAAAGUACCAAUUAUCCUAUUUUCCUUAUUAAUUUAUUUUAAAAAAAAUGAUUAUUGGUCAUCAAAUAUGUAUGGAUAUAAUAAUUUUAUUAUUAAAUUGAGUAAUUUUUUAUCAAGUUAUUUUUAUGCUUAUAAUUAUCAUGAUGAAGAUGAGAACACGUUCGCUUCCACAUCCUCAUCCUUAUCCUUGUCAUUAUAUGAAAAGGAUAAUUUUAUUUAUAUUCCUAAUAAGAAGAGUACGAAUACGAUACAUUUAAAAAAUGUUGUGGGAACAGAAAGGACAGAUAAUAAUUUUCUAAGUAUUUAUAGAGAGAAUAUGAAAUAUAUAAGACAAACUAGUUUAAAUCAUUCGAUAUAUCAAAGGUCUUUAUCUACCGAAUGUUAUGUUUAUUUUCGAAGUUUUUUAAAGCAGGCUAUAUCUCCUCAUAGUUUAACAAAAGCAAUAAAAAUAGAUAAAGAAUAUAUAUAUCCAUGGGAUGUUAUAACCCAAGAUGAUGUUGCUUUAAUUAUUGAGAAUGCUCGUUUUUAUGGUUUUUUGUUUACAUGGUUUAAGAAUCAUAGAAAAGCACAAAAAGUAAAUGAGGAGAUAUUAAAAAAGGAGAUGCCUGUAUUAAAACCAAGGUUUGUUCAAAGAUCAGAUAUCUAUACUCAUUUUUAUAAAAAUAAUAAUAAUGAAGAUAUGUUAACACCUAAUUUUUAUGGUAUCCAUUAUACAUGGUUAGGACAUGCAACUGGUUUGGUUGUGAUCGACGGUUUGAAAAUUUUAUUAGAUCCUGUUUUUAAAAUAGAAUUAAUAAGUUUUAAGGGUAUUGUAAGAUCUUUAGUUAAUUGGAUGAAUGUAAAAAUUAUGGGUGGAUUAGGUGAAAGAAUAUCUAGAUCUCCAUGUAAUAUAGCUAACUUGCCUGAAGAUUUACAUGCAGUGUUUGUUUCACAUAAUCAUAAUGAUCAUAUUAUGGAAGAGGAUGUACGUAUAUUAUGUAAAUUAAAAAAGUUUCAACAUGUGAUGUGGUAUAUCCCGGAAGGUUCUUCUCCAUUUUUUUUAAGAGAAGGAUGUAAAGCUUCUAAAAUAUUUGAACUUUCAUGGGGUGAUGAAAGAUGGGUAUCUUGUUGGAUUUCGAAAAAUCAAUUUAAAUGUAGGGAUGGAAUAUGGAAAAGUAAAAAUAAUGAGCAUCAAGUAUAUAAAUAUAAAAUAAUAUAUGCUCCAACAUUACAUUGGUCAGGUAGAAAAGAUAAUUUAAGUGAUUUAAAUCAAUCAUUAUGGGGAUCCUUAAUAUUAAAGGGUCCAAAGCAUCGUUUUUAUUUUUCUGGUGACACAGCAUAUUUAAAAAAAGAUUUUGAGGAGUUUAAAAAAAUUGGUAGAUUACAUGGUCCAUUUCAUUUAGCAGCAAUAUCUAUAGGAGCAUAUGAACCAAAUAAUUCUUUAAAAUAUCAUCAUAUUCAUCCAUGGGAAUCUGUAAAGAUAUGGAGAGAUAUAAGAGCCGAGACAGCCAUCGGUGUUCAUUGGGGUACCUUUAGAUUAUCCGCAGAAGAAUUUUUACAACCUCGUGAUGAUUUAGAAGCUGCUUUAUUAGGUAUAGGAUUAUAUACUCUUCGAAAUAUAGAUUUACAGAAAGUAAAACGUAGACAUGAGAUAAUGAAAAAAUACAAUAUAAAUUAUGUGUGUUCAGAUCAAAAUGAAAAUGAUGAUUUAGAAGAUUUAAAAGAAUAUUUUUAUCCAGCAAAUAAACAAGAUUAUAAUGAUUAUACCGAAAAUUUCCAUUCUCUUUUUUUGAAUGAUCUUAAUUUAUAUUAUAAAGAUAUUGACAAAAAUUAUAUUAAACAUAUGUAUCAACAGAAAAAAUUAUAUGCAUCAACAUAUAGUCGUUAUAAAAGAGCACUUUUAUUAAAAACAACAAAUAAAUUACCAAGGUCAUGGAAAAAACUCUUGUUAAAUCUAUCCAUUAGAUUUCAAACAAUACCUAUAGGUGGUUCUAUCGAAAUCAUAUCAAAGGAUGAGAAAAAUAUUUCUAUGACACGAUCCAGUGAAUAUAAUGCAACAACAUAUGAGCAUUACACAUUUCCCAAAUGGUACAAUAGUAAAGAAAAUGAGGAAACGCCUAAUCAAAAUUAUUUUUCUCAUGAGGAUUUGAUGAAUUUUCAGAUAGUUAGCUGA